UCCAAUUUUGCUAGAGUUAAUCCAACUGGUUGCCUACCGGUCGAGUGUUCCUUCGAGUAUCUUCAUCAGCUCAGCACAUCUCAGCGGACAGGAUACUCGCUGUUCAGCGACAGCCACGGUGAUCCACCUAAGCCACUCAGUUUCAGAUUGCUUUGCGGUAUUCGAUCCGCGCAUCACGAUUCGCAAUGGCAGAAUACCCUGUGGCCUACAAUGGGUCGGAAACUGGGACCGGAGGGGACUCCUUGACGGAAGAUCUGAACAUCUACUACAGCUCCGGUGAUAUCGCAUGGGUUAUUGUAUCGACGGCCCUUGUCUUGCUGAUGAUUCCUGGAGUCGGGUUCUUUUAUUCCGGUCUUGCCCGUCGGAAGUCGGCCCUUUCCUUACUAUGGCUAUCGAUAAUGUCUGUCGGAAUAGUCUCCUUUCAAUGGUUCUUCUGGGGCUACUCUCUCGCUUUCUCUCAUACUGCCGGAAAAUAUAUUGGUGACUUGAACAACUUUGGGUUCAAAGGUGUUCUGGGCGCACCGUCUGUUGGCAGCGCCAAGGUCCCAGAUCUCCUGUUUGCUGUCUUCCAGGGCAUGUUCGCAUGUAUUACUGUGGCGCUCGCAGUUGGUGCUGUCGCAGAGCGUGGCCGCAUGCUCCCCUGCAUGGUUUUCAGCUUUGUCUGGUCCACCAUCAUCUACGAUCCGAUUGCAUGCUGGACCUGGAACUCGAGUGGUUGGGUGGCAAACCUUGGUGGUCUUGAUUUUGCGGGUGGUACACCCGUUCACAUUGCCUCUGGUUGCACUGCAUUGGCAUAUUCGUUGAUGCUUGGAAAGCGCCGCGGACACGGCACCCACGAGCUCAACUAUCGCCCGCACAACGUAACACAUGUGGUCAUCGGUACUGUAUUCCUCUGGGUCGGAUGGUUUGGAUUCAAUGCCGGCUCCGCCUUGAGCGCCAACCUCCGUGCCGUCAUGGCAGCCGUGGUGACCAACCUCGCCGCCGCCGUGGGUGGUGUUACCUGGUGUCUUCUGGACUAUCGAUUGGAGAGGAAGUGGUCGACUGUGGGUUUCUGCUCCGGUGUGAUUGCCGGCUUGGUGGCUAUCACCCCCGCGUCGGGCUUUGUCACUCCCUGGGCUUCAUUCAUUUUCGGUGUCGUGGGAGCCGUCGCUUGCAACUAUGCCACGAAACUGAAGUAUGUGAUCAAAGUUGACGAUGCGCUUGACAUCUUCGCGGUCCACGGGAUCGGAGGUCUGGUAGGCAACCUUCUGACUGGACUUUUCGCUGCUGAUUACAUCGCUCACCUUGAUGGUUCUACCACAAUCGCCGGCGGCUGGAUCAACCACAACUACAUCCAGCUAGCUUACCAGCUUGCCGACUCCGUCACCGGAAUGGCAUACUCGUUCUUCGGAAGCUGCAUUCUCCUCUUUAUCAUCAACAUGAUCCCGGGUCUCAGCUUGCGUGCCCCCGAAGAAGACGAGAUCAUGGGCAUUGACGACGCCGAGAUUGGCGAGUUUGCCUAUGACUACGUCGAGAUUACCCGCGAUGUCAUCAGUGCCGCCAACAGUGAGAACGGCGAAGCUGCUUCCAAGCGUAGCUUGACUCCAACCGGCAACGAGACGGCCAUAGAGACCAAGGCUUAGCCGAGCCCUUGCCUACGUUUUGGCCUUGAUACCUUUCUCCACAUUUUUAUUUUCUUUAUACUAAUCAUCGUAUCAUCGUGCAAGGUUGCAGGGUGGUUGUCACCUUGAUAGCCCGCGGAGAUACGUUUGUACAUACUUAUACACCCACUCAUUCUUUCCCAGAUUUCCUUAUUGUCACUUCUUCCCAUUUUGCCUUGCUGAUUGAGAAAGCAGUACAUGCCAAUACUGUCUUGUCUCCGAGG